AUUCAUAUGUACCAGAAGGAUAUCUGUAUCCAUUCUAUUUUUACUGACCAGUUGGAGUCUGGCGUCAACUUAAUACUCUCAUCAUCCUUUCCCCAUCCCUUCAUACUGUAGUCUACACUUCCAUCCUACAGCCAUCACCUCUCUUCUGCCUGGACUUCACUAGGCGCACCCUUUCUUUUCACAAUGCCUGAACCGUAAAGGAAAUCCAAGAUCACAGCCUCACGCAAACUCCUUCUGAAGAGUUUGAUGCUGGCUAAAGCCAAAGAACAAUGGGAACAAGAGCAAGUAGACAAACAAGGAGAGAAAGAGAGAUACUUGGCAGAGAGGAUCACACCUUUGCGAACCAGUGGACUUUCAUUUGCCCAGCUUCAGGUAGAUACUUGAUUUGGGGAAGAGAUCCUGAGGGAGCUUCAUGAGAAGGUAGACAUUGUGGAUGGAAGAUACGACAUUGAAGCAAAAUGUAACCAAACACACGGGAGUAUUAAAGACCUGAAACUGAAAGUGCUGGACCUCCGAGGAAAGUUCAAGCGUCCUCCCUUGCGGCGUGUACGUGUCUCUGCAGAUGCAAUGCUAAGGGCGCUACUGGGUUCUAAGCACAAAGUUUCCAUGGACCUGAGAGCCAAUCUCAAAUCUGUGAAGAAGGAGGACACAGAGAAGGAACGUCCUGUAGAAGUGGGUGACUGGCGUAAGAAUGUGGAGGCCAUGUCAGGAAUGGAGGGCAGGAAGAAGAUGUUUGAUGCUGCCAAAUCUCCAACAGGGCAAUGAACGGUCCUGCAAGGAAAGAUGGAGAAACUCUCUCACAGUGCCUGUGUGCAUUUCUUCCCUUUCUUUUGCUCCCUUUUGGUGAUUGCUCCCUUUUCCCACACAUCUCCAUGCAUUAGCUGUAGAGUUGCCAUAUUUAUGUGCAUUGUUAAAGGGUUGCUAUGAUUCUGCAGCCCUUCAAGAGCCCAUUAAAUAAGAAGUGGAAACACCCAGUCUCUUGAUAGCAUAAACCCAUUCAGUGAACAAUGCAACUAUCUUGUAAUACAGCACCCCUCUCCCCCAACAAGGCCAUUUCAGUUGUACCGAUGGCAUAGUAGUUUUGAUGACAAACCUGUUAAAAGUGUCAGGAGAAAGAGGAUACUUUAACAUAGAUGAAUAUCCUGCCACUUCCUUUGCCAUAUAAUAAAGUAGUUGUGACCUUUAUAUUCUA